CAUUGUCCUAGCUCUUUUUGUUCAAGGAAUCGAUCGUGUGUGGACUUUCUCGAGAACAAUAAGGUUGGGAUGUCAAUGGCCCAUCCACAUCAGUCCAAACUACAUAAACCGUUGUUCUCAGCUGGUCAAAAUGUAUCCUGCCUCGUUUUCUUAACCUUCAUCGUUGCUUUCUACCGGUGCUGGGCCACCUGAUUAUUCAUUCAGUAAACAUUCUUGCAAUUGCUAUCCUUUCAAGUCAAACAGUCUACGAUCUCAUCUAUCUUUCAUAAUGGUCGGCCCACGAGCAUAUAUUUUCUUUGGACUCAAUGUUGUCCGUUUCCUGAGCAUAGUGUCUCUCAUACUGGUCUUUGCAAGCAGCAUCUUUGUCAUCGUCACGGACGUCGAAGCUGUUAACGCAUUUGAGGCUGCAAAGCAAAGUGGCAAUGUCACAGCGCAAGACUUUGCUGACUGUGAAUACAUCGAGAAUAGCACCGUACCCAACCAGAUUGGCGGCGUUUUCUGGGCUGUCAUCAACCGCCUACUUAUUAUCUUCCAAGUUGUAAUGCUUUUCCUUUCUGAGAUUGGCUGGCCAUCCGCUUUCUUUGAUCGCUUUUUCCCUGUGCUGGGUACGGGAUUUGGACUCGGUGCCCUUGGUAUCUUCCAAGGACUGAUCGGAGCUGCAGUCCUCUCGCAGCAUGUAGAUGACUUCACCCUGGUCUCUGCUUUCUUCCUGUUCGUCCUCGGCUGCAUCAACAUGUUCCUUGGUCUUCUCUUUCGGGAAUCCGCCAAGAGCAGACGUUCAAUCACAUCGUGGCGCGAGGACGCCAAGGGUCUAUUGCCAACGACCAACCUGCGCCCUGCUGCAAACCUCGAUCUCAAUCGCUCCGGCUCAUCUAACUCCGGUCAGUCAUCCACCUCUUCGACAAUAUAUGAGGAGAAGAGUAGGGGUGUUACGGAGUUCGGUGCUGUACGGAACACAAGCAGAGCUGGUUACGGCUUUGGGCGCCAAGGUGAGAAGGCUGCAGGCCUCAAAGGCUUCUUGAUCUCCAAGCCUCUCGAGAGUCUCCCUCGCUAUGCAGCUCGUCCCACUAGCGUUCCUCCCACUCCUCUCCGGUUCAGCGAUUUGAUGGGGGCACCGACACUCCCUAUUGCUGAGAACUGUUACGACGCCACGCGCAUGUCAUUGACAUGA